AUGUCUGACCCCGAAGUUCCCAAAUCCACCACAAUGGAGGAUCACCCCGUCGAGGAGAACUUAGAGGCUCAUGUCCAGCUCCUCGAGCUCCGACGGCAGCGAUUCCGACUCCGCCGACAGCAGUUCCUCUGUGGAGUGGUCGCGGUCCCAAGCUUACCUACAGGCUACAGGACGUCCAGUGACAAAUUCGUCCCUCCCGAUGGGCCUGAGGCCUAUCGUCGUCUGAUGAAGCUUCGUACCGUUCCCGAAAAUCACAAACUCGGCGAGGAUGGUUUGUGGGAUCGCAUUCGUGCUGAGGUUCAAGGUGUCCUCGACGCGCGGCAAUCUCUCUCGUCCGUCGACCUUGUCCGUUUCACCUGGGUUGAGAAGAACGAAGACGAGGAGGACCAAGAGGACCAGGACGACCAGGACAACGUUAACUACGACGACAUCGCACCCAUCAAGCCUGUCAUGGGUGGGACAGUCUAUACUACUCCCGCCACGAUCUGGGCCUACGAUUUUUCUAUGGAUAUUCUCGACCUACCUAAGCAGUACAACAUUACUGACGUCGACGUCGCAUACCGCGAGUCGGAGGUCAAGUUCUUGGGUGGGCCAGAGCUCUUCGCCCCAGUCUCUGACCUCGAUCCCCUCAAGGACGUCAUCGGCUUGUCUACUCCAGUUACCGGCUUGCAGACGAGGAUGCAGGGCACUCUUGAGUUUUACUUUCGGAUUGGGGAAGACCUCUACGCCGUCACCUCCCGCCACAUUCUUUUCAAGGACAACGAGGACAACGUUGAAUACAACUCCGUCGCCGGGCCGAAGGAGGUCAUCAGCACCAUCGCUCUGGUGGAGGGUGGUGGCUCCCGUGCUGAGCAGUCGGGGCUUGAGCUGCUAGAGGCACAGGAACAGCUGACCAAGACACGAACCAAGAUCGACGCGCUCAAGGCCCACUUCGUGACGGUGAAGAUGUGGAACAAGGCGAAGGACCGCGUCAUCGGACACGUCGUCUGGGCCCCUCCCAUCAGCGUCACUACGCCUCCCCACCAGAGGAACGUGCUCAGCUUAGGCCCGGAGAUCUCCCCCGCCAACUUCAAGAAGUUGAUGUACGAUCGCUUUGAUGCGCCACACGAAUUCGUCUAUCCGCCUGAAGGUCUCUUCAAAUUGGAUCCCAUCCGCCGCGUGAUCAAACGUGGCUACACCACCAUGGGUGGUUUAUCUGGAUUCUUGUCUCAGGUUCGCCGGUACUUCGCCACAGGCAAUAUUGACUCGGUUGGAUCUGUCAUCAUCGACUCCCUCGGCAGAUUUGUUGCCCUGCUCACUGGUGGAACGGGCAAAACCGACUCGUCGGACAUUACCUUCGGUACGCCCAUGCAUUGGCUCUGGCUCCUCAUCCUGGCCAGGUUCGACGGUGCCAACCUCUACUGGGAUGACAACAACUGA